AUGAGUGAGGAACCUCAACCUGUUCAUGAAGAAAUGAUGGAAGUUGUUAGCCAGGCAUCAGUAGACGAAUUGUCUAGUGAAUAUGCUGCUGCUGCUCAUGCAAUUAUGGGCCAACCGUCGAUGCCGUCGACGAACUCCACGUCGGCGCUCAACAGAACCGAAAUGAUGAGCAUAGCUGACACCAGUGAAGCAGCCAAAAGAGAUAAAAUUACCAUGGAUGAUUUUGAGUUCCUGAAAGUACUUGGCAAAGGAACAUUCGGAAAAGUUAUACUGUGUAAAGAAAAACGCACAUCUAAAUUAUAUGCUAUCAAGAUAUUAAAAAAGGAAGUAAUCAUAGCAAGGGAGGAGGUUACCCAUACUUUAACUGAAAAUCGUGUCCUUCAAAGAUGUAAGCAUCCGUUCCUUACGCAACUGACGUAUAGUUUCCAAACAACGCAUCACCUGUGUUUCGUGAUGGAAUUCGCCAACGGAGGGGAGCUGUUCACUCAUCUACAGAAAAGCGGUACAUUCAGUGAAGCGCGUUCACGAUUUUACGGAGCGGAAAUAGUGCUUGCUCUUGGAUAUCUGCACAGUCUUUCGAUUGUCUAUAGAGACAUGAAGGUACGUCCAUUCUUCUAUCCCAGGGAGUCUGUUGUGUUUUGA